GGAGAGAGGAGAGCUUGGUUCUCUGUGUCAGAAACCCUCCGAGCUGUUUGACAAGCAGCAGUUUGUACUUCAGUUCUUCCUCGGCUUCCUCAGAGUGGGACGCGCCACUUUUUCUGGGCUGAUCCCCACUUGUGAGAGCCUGCAUGUGACACAACCUGCUGCCUGGAGUAUUGAUAGCCUUAGAAACAUGCCACUAGCCGCAUUUCGGAGGUGCUUGGAGCUCAUUGGCCAGGAUCCCUUUUUCAGUGCAUUCCAGCUGUCAGUGCUCCUUACAAAGACCAAGGAGGUAUAUGGGAUGCCUUCCUCUUUUAACUCUUCUGUAAUCUCUCAGUUGGGUCGCAUUGCCACUCAAUUCUUACUUGACGAAUUGGGCUCUCUUAAACUGUACGAAAUUCAGUCAAUUUCAGCUAUGGGGGCUCUCAACACGUGGACCAGCAGACAGUUGAAAACAUUAUUCUCCACGGUGCUGAACUCGACCAGAAAGACUCCUAGCCAGUUAGACUCCAGCACUCUUGUGGCUUUGGGGCACAUUGUGUGUGGGAUAGAUGCACCAGUCAUGCGCAGUUUGAAUCCAGUGGAGUUCAGUAAGGCAGUUUUGUGGCUGGGUCGUUUGCGUUUGUCCUGUUCUGAGGAGCAGCUGCAGGCAUUGAUAGGACUGCUCAGUCAUAGCUUGACAUUUGGACCGGUCAGCUCCUGGGGAUCAGAGGUCUUUAUUGAGAUAGGAGCGAUUGCAGCGGGGCUGCCUGAUAUAGCCAUGUCUGCUUUGGUGAGGGAACAAAUUGAAGGAAUCACCCCACUUGCCAUCUCUCUCAUCCCAGCGGGCAAAUUUGCAGUAGUGUUUAACCAGGCACAGAUUCGUAUGUUCACCUAUGAUCAGGCCAUUGCUGUAACUGACGCCCAGCGCUCCGCUCUAUCUCCAGUUCAGGAGACGGCCCUGUACAUGGUGCUCAACCCCUGGGAGGACAAACCUGUUGAUUUCAGAGGCAGGUCACUGGGAGUUGCAGUUAAGCCCUGUCCUUUUCUCUACCUCUCCAGCAUCCUGAUAAUGCUGCUGCUGCUGCUGCUUUCUCCUGCUGAUCCGCUGGGAUGAGUUAGGUCUGUCGCUGCUCAAUUGAACUCUCCUUCCCAAAUAUGUGCAAUAUGAUGGAACAGUUACACUUUAUUUUAAGGUGUCUUUGUUACACUGUAAUUAUGUAUUAAUUAGUUAUGUAAUAUAAACAUUAUGUAAUAUUUCAGUACUGCGUAAUAUUAAGUAACUACAUGUACUUACUAUAGGUUUAGGAUUGGGAUUUGGUUUAGGGUAAGUUGCAUGUAAUUAAGCAUAAUUUAUAGUUAUUAAUACUAUAGUAACUGCAUGUAACGUAUAACAAUGACACUGUAAAAUAAAGUGUUACCGAUGUAACUUUAAUACUGUAAAUGUGUAUAUUCAGCACUUUUAAAAUGCUGAAUGUAAUUUAAAAUGGGUUACAU